CCAAUUUCAACAGUCUGUCUACAAAACACCAAAGAGAAAACGACCCAUGAUUUUCAUUGGCAUUCUUCAUCAUUUAAAAACCCAUUUCAAUUAAAAAAAAAUGUAUAGGUAUAUAGAGAAAGAGAGAGAAAGGGGAAAAAAGAGUUGCAGGUUUUAUCGCAGAGCUCUGGCAGAAGCAGUAUUUUAACUUUAUCUAUGAAAUAAUUCUCUCUUUCUCUUUCUAGCUGUUGCUAUAUUUCUCUCUAUCUCUUUGUUUUUCUUGAUACUUCUGAAACAAACACUCUUUCAAUGAGAACACUGUAAUUUUUACAGGCCUAUCUUUGCCAGACUCGAUGUGAUUGAACAAAGCAAAGCUUAACUAAGCUAUACUAUACUAUACUAAUACUAUAUACUCUUUCUUCUUCUUCUUACUCACUCAUCUAUGUUAUAGGGUGCGUCGGAAAUCUCAAAAAUAUCAAAGCAAGCUAAGAAAAAGAACCAAAAAAACCCCAUUAAGCUCUUUCUGUUUUUUUCUCUUCUCUCACUUCAUAACUUCACUGCAGUAAGCUACAUUAUUCAAUGUCGGCUACUCAAUGAGAGACCUUUAAAUUAUUUUUUUCUUCUUCGUCUUCGCUUAUGUGUUUUAUCUAGACUUGAAAAAGGCUUAAGCUUUUUGGAUACAGGCUUGUGCUUUGACAUUCUUGUGUAAGCUUAGGUGGGGAAACUGAAGAUGGGUAAUGUCGUUUGAAUGAGAAUAAGGUGAAUUUCGAAGGGUAGUCAUGGCAUUUCGAGUUGAAGUUGUCUUCCUUGCUCUUCUUCUCUGUUUGGGUUUUGGUUUUGUGGAUUCUGAUGAUGGAGCAACCUUAUUGGAGGUAAAGAAGUCCUUUAGAGAUGUGGACAAUGUUCUAUAUGACUGGACAGACUCCCCUUCUUCAGAUUAUUGUGUUUGGAGAGGUGUCACUUGUGAUAAUGCCACCUUCAAUGUCAUUGCACUUAAUCUGUCUGGUCUGAAUCUUGAUGGGGAGAUUUCGCCUGCAAUAGGAAAUCUUAAAGACAUCGUUUCUAUUGAUCUCAGGGGAAAUCUUCUUUCUGGCCAGAUCCCUGAUGAAAUUGGUGACUGCUCAUCUUUGAAAAGCCUGGACUUGUCUUUUAAUGAGAUAUAUGGGGACAUACCAUUUUCAAUUUCGAAGUUGAAGCAACUAGAAUUUCUGAUUUUGAAGAACAAUCAAUUGAUUGGGCCAAUUCCAUCUACUCUGUCUCAGAUUCCAAACUUGAAAGUUUUAGAUCUGGCACAAAAUAGACUCAGUGGGGAGAUACCUAGACUUAUAUACUGGAAUGAAGUGUUGCAGUAUCUGGGCUUGCGUGGAAACAAUUUGGUGGGUACGCUAUCUCCAGAUAUGUGCCAGCUAACUGGACUGUGGUAUUUUGAUGUAAGAAACAACAGUUUGACUGGGAGUAUUCCUGAAAAUAUAGGCAACUGUACUUCCUUCCAGGUCUUGGACCUAUCCUACAAUCAGCUAACUGGAGAAAUUCCAUUCAACAUCGGGUUUUUACAAGUAGCAACGUUAUCCUUGCAAGGUAAUCAGCUUGGGGGGAAGAUUCCAUCGGUAAUUGGCCUAAUGCAGGCACUUGCUGUCUUAGAUUUAAGCUGCAACAUCUUAAGUGGACCAAUCCCUCCCAUUGUGGGAAAUUUGACGUACACAGAGAAAUUGUAUUUACAUGGUAAUAUGCUGACUGGCUCUAUUCCCCCAGAGCUUGGGAAUAUGACAAGGCUUCACUACUUGGAAUUGAAUGAUAAUCAACUCACAGGGCGCAUCCCACCUGAGCUCGGAAAGCUCACUGACUUGUUUGAUCUGAAUGUUGCGAACAACAACCUUGAAGGUCCUAUACCCGAUAAUCUUAGCUCGUGUACAAAUCUGAACAGCCUCAAUGUGCAUGGUAACAAGUUGAAUGGAACCAUCCCCCAUGCAUUUCAAAGGCUUGAGAGUAUGACUUAUUUGAAUCUCUCGUCCAAUAACAUUAAGGGUCCUAUCCCAAUCGAGCUAUCACGGAUUGGUAAUUUAGAUACUUUAGAUAUUUCAAACAAUAAAAUUAGUGGAUCCAUUCCUUCUUCUCUUGGUGACUUGGAACAUCUUCUAAAGCUGAAUCUAAGCAGAAACCAGUUAUUAGGAGUUAUUCCAGCUGAAUUUGGCAACCUGAGAAGUGUUAUGGAGAUAGAUCUUUCAAAUAACCAUCUCUCAGGGGUGAUCCCUCAGGAACUCAGUCAACUUCAAAACAUGUUCUCAUUGAGACUGGAAAAUAAUAACCUUUCAGGUGAUGUGUUGUCCCUGAUCAAUUGCCUCAGUCUUACUGUCUUAAACGUUUCCUACAACAACCUAGCUGGUGUUAUUCCUAUGAGCAAUAACUUCUCAAGGUUUUCACCUAACAGUUUUAUUGGAAAUCCAGAUCUUUGUGGCUACUGGCUCAACUCUCCAUGUAAUGAAUCUCAUCCGACAGAGCGAGUUACAAUUUCCAAAGCAGCAAUCCUGGGUAUUGCUCUUGGAGCCCUUGUAAUUCUUCUCAUGAUCUUAGUAGCAGCAUGUCGGCCGCAUAAUCCAACACCUUUUCUGGAUGGAUCGCUCGACAAACCAGUUACUUACUCAACACCGAAGUUGGUGAUCCUUCACAUGAAUAUGGCACUCCAUGUAUAUGAGGAUAUCAUGAGGAUGACUGAAAAUUUGAGUGAGAAGUAUAUAAUUGGUUAUGGUGCAUCCAGCACUGUAUACAAAUGUGUCCUUAAAAAUUGUAAGCCAGUGGCUAUCAAGAGGCUCUAUUCUCAUUAUCCUCAGUGCUUGAAGGAAUUUGAGACGGAGCUAGAGACAGUUGGGAGCAUCAAGCAUCGGAACCUGGUCAGCCUCCAAGGAUACUCCCUGUCCCCUUUAGGAAACCUACUUUUCUAUGACUACAUGGAAAAUGGUAGUCUCUGGGAUCUACUUCAUGGCCCUAUGAAGAAGAAAAAGCUUGACUGGGAUACUCGUCUUCAGAUAGCUCUUGGUGCUGCUCAAGGGCUAGCAUAUCUACACCAUGAUUGUAGUCCACGCAUCAUUCACAGGGAUGUUAAGUCAUCAAACAUUCUACUGGACAAGGAUUUUGAGGCCCAUCUCACUGAUUUUGGCAUUGCAAAGAGUUUAUGUGUGUCGAAGUCCCAUACUUCAACCUACAUAAUGGGCACCAUUGGUUAUAUAGACCCUGAGUAUGCUCGCACUUCCCGCCUUACAGAGAAAUCCGAUGUAUACAGUUAUGGGAUUGUUCUACUUGAGUUGCUGACGGGAAGGAAAGCUGUCGACAAUGAAUGCAAUCUUCAUCAUCUGAUUUUGUCCAAGACAGCCAACAAUGCUGUUAUGGAAACUGUUGAUCCUGAAAUUAGUGCUACGUGUAAAGAUCUAGGAGCUGUGAAGAAAGUUUUCCAACUUGCACUUCUAUGUACCAAGAGACAGCCAACAGACAGACCGACUAUGCAUGAAGUCACUCGUGUUCUUGGGAGCCUUGUGCCAUCCACCACACCACCAAAACAAUGCAUGCCAGCCCCACCUGCACCAAUCCCAUCUGCCAAGGUGUCUUGCUAUAUGGACGAAUAUGCAAAUCUCAAGACUCCACAUAUGGUGAAUUGUCCAUCCAUGAGCACCUCAGAUGCCCAACUCUUCCUAAAGUUUGGUGAGGUAAUAUCCCAGAAUAGUGAGUGAAAAGGAAUAUUCAAGCAUCAUAUACUAGGAUAUAGGUAUUGCAACACUGGCUACCGGGUUAAUGGAUGCUCUCUUUUUUCCCUUUCUUAGCAAGGGCCUAAGGGGUUAGUUAGUGGGUGAGCAGAAAAAUUGUGUAUAAAGAUUUGGUAUCAAUUAUUGCAGCUCUACUAAAAGGAAAAAAAAGAAGACUACUUUAGUGAUAGAUUUCAAAGGUGUUAAUACCAGAACUCCAUGUAUGUAUGUUAUACAAUAUAAAAUCAUUGCUGCAA